CCUCUCUCCGCCAUGGACACAACGACAUCAGUGACUUUCAGGUUUGCGUGGCGCAUACCUGACUUCUAUUCGUAUGUACAGCCGUAUUCAGCCUUAUGAUGACUGAUUCCCUGUUCUACGCUGACUCAAAAGUUCGUGUUUAAGAUGCCAUCUUCAGAGUCCUUCUCUGAUUAUCUGCUCAAGGCUCCUGCUGGUGGUUGGAAGUGCAAGCUUGGGCAGUUGCCUAGGGGAUCAGUGCUCUGUAGUACACUAUCUGGCAGCUGGGGAAAUGCGAUCUUUCCCCUUUCGGUCUGGCAGUCAGUUCAUAGACAAUCUGCACUGCAUCUUCAGCUUCUCAGCACCCACGGGUCAUCAUCUGACAAUGGCAGUGUCUGACCUUGAUAUGGCACCACCCUCAACUGAUAUGAAUGGCAAGACUUCAUGUGUCAACGAUGUGCUCACCAUCUAUGACCUGACUGGUGGACAGUUACAAGCCAUUGGCAGCUGUUGUGGAAACAAUGCUACUGUGAAGCCAGAGUUUGUCCUGUCUUCAAAUGUUGCUGUGGUGAGCUUCGUUUCUAAUGAGAGCUCUACACCACGCAGGUUCACUUUAACACUGGGAGUUGUACAGCAAAUGCAGCAAGUGCAGCAGAAUGGAUCUACUUCUGAAGGACAGAAAGAAGUGGAGACAGGAACAGAAGAAGGACAAGGAAAUGGAGAAGAAGGAGAAGGAAAUGGUGAAGAAGAAGGAACAGGAGAAGAGGAGACCACAACAGAGACUGGUGAAGGAGAAGAGGAGACUGUGACAGAGACUGGAAAUGGAGAAGGGGAGGAAGAAAGUGAAGAAGGGGAAGGGGAAGGGGAAGGAGAAGGGGAAGGGGAAGGGGAAGGGGAAGGGGAAGGGGAAGGGGAAGGGGAAGGGGAGGGCAAUGAAGAUGAGGAAGCAACUGGUGAGAGUCAGAGGAGGGGCAAAGCUGUGCCAAAGAGCUCAGCAGUAGCUCCAGGUCAAGGGUCAGUCAAUGCUUCAGUUCAGCAAAGAGCCACAAGAAAAGCCAGUAAGCAACAAGGUGUGAGGUGGAAUGCCACAGAUAAACCUAGACAGAAAAGAAUCAAGCAUAAGAAGCGCCAAACAGCACAUACAAAGGUGUCUGCAGUAGGGGCACAUCCUGUCCACAACAGAGCACGACAGGAAGACAAAGCAGUCAGGCCACUUCAACAGCAUACAUCACAACCAUUUGGAGGCAGAACAAAAGCAAACAGGCAACAUCAGCUUCAACCACGAAGGCAUACACCACGACUACAGCGAAGAGGACAUUCACUGCAUCCAAAAGGGCACAUCAUACACCGAAAGAGGAAGCACGCCAUGCUGCAACAGAACCAGGAGCUGAGACACACAAAAAAUGAAAAGUGAUGUCAUUUCAUACGAGAAAAUAAAACAGUAAAAAAAAAAAAA